AUGAAUGGCGCCAUUCACGAUCUACAAAGGUUUAUUGUAUUUUUAUUGUCGUCGGAAGUUUCAAUAACCCUAAACAGCACUCGAAGAAGUAUUGGAAGUUUUGAGAAUAAAAUACUCUGCUUGAUAAGCAUAAUGAUCUGGGAUCGAAGAACUAGAGCUUGGAAGAGAAGGCCCAAUAAAGAACUGCUUACUGGUAAAUUAAUAUCUAAUCAUAUGAAGAAGACAAAGAUGGCUUGGGUGUGUAGCUCAAAGCCAUCCACCAAGAAGGCUGUACACAAUUAA